AUGGCAUCAAACAUCUUAGUGAACAUCCAGGAGGAGGUGACCUGCCCCAUCUGCCUGGACCUCUUGAAAGAGCCCCUAAGCCUAGACUGUGGCCACAGCUUCUGCCAAGUCUGCAUCACUACAAACAACAAGGAGUCCGCGGCAACCCAGGAAGAGAAGAGCAGCUGCCCUGUGUGCAGAAUCGGUUAUGAGCCUGGACAACUGCGGCCUAAUCGGCAUCUGGCCAACAUAGCAGAGCAGCUCAGAGGAGUCAAGAUGAGCCCGGAGGGGGAGCAGAAGAAAGAGCUCUGUGUGCGCCAUGGAGAGAAACUCCUGCUAUUCUGUAAGCAAGAUGGGAAAGUCAUUUGCUGGCUUUGUGAGCGGUCUCAGGAGCACCGUGGUCACCAGACCUUCCUCAUUGAGGAGAUUGUCCAGGAGUACCAGGGAAAGCUCCAGGGCACCCUUGAGCAGAUGAGGGAAAAGCUGCAGGAAUCUGGACAUUUGGAAGCUGAAGUCAAAGAAAGGACAACUUCCUGGAAGAGUCAAAUACAAAGUGAGAGACAACGUGUCCAGGCAGAUUUUGCAGAACUGAGAGGUCUCCUGGACUCGGCGGAGCAGAAGGAGCUGCAAAACCUGAAUAAGGAGGAAGAAAUCAUUCUCCAUAAACUGGCAGAGGAUGAAAGUGAGCUUGUUCAGCAGAGCCAGUUGAUAGACGUUCUCAUCUCAGAUCUGGAGCAUCGAUUGGAAGCGUCAGACAUAGACAUGCUGCAGGAAGUGCCUGACAUCAUACAAAGGUGUUGGAAUUUCACUCUGAAGAAGCCAAAAACUUUUCCCGAACAACCAAGACGUAUGUUCCAAGCUCCGGAUCUGAGAGCGAUGCUGCGAGGGCUUACCGUUGAUGUCACCUUGAAUCAGACCAGCAAUGGACGCAGUGUUCGAUUUCUGCAAAUAAGAGAGAAGUGAAUUCUUUGUGGGACAAUACUCCAGUUAAAACAUAUCCGAAUUACUGUUAUGGAGAUUUUUCU